CUCACUGGUCACACGGGGUCAGGGGGGAUUGGAUUUUGCUCCGAUCUGCUGGAGCCAGUGAGACACAAGUUUGCCUGCUGUGUCCAUGGCCUGUGGCAUGAGAGCAGGGAGGGGCGUGCAAGGGGAAGCAGCUGGGUGUGCCCACCACUCGCUGCUACCCUGCCAGCACCAGGCUGCUGUGAACAGUUCCCACCAUCUGGGCCAAGGGCCCUCAGGCUGUAGAGCAAAGAGCAUGGGCUUAAAACAUUGCCAUCCGGCUGGCUCAGCAGCCAGGGCACGCCCCCUGGGUCCCUACGUUCUUGCCUGUGUGUGCAAGAGUGUGAAGAGGUACAGGCGACCACCCAGAAGCACAGGAAGAGCCCGAGGUACAGCAAGGAGGAGCUGGACAGGCUCAACCAGGCCACCCAGCGGAUGGCUGUGGAGAUGGACAGCUCCAGGGGUCAGCCCUGCAAAGGAGGGCAAGCCGAGGACCAGCCGGCUCUGCGGGAGGACGGUGCCAAGGGCAAGCUGGCCUGGCUGGAGGCCACCCUGCAGCGAGCCAAGCAGGACAUGGUGCAGCAGCUGCGCGAAUACCAGGAGCUCAUGAUUGUCAAGUUGGGUCUGGACUUCGAGAUCGCUACCUACCGGCGGCUGCUGGAGGGCGAGGAGAGCCGGAAUGAACCGGAAGUCCUGGCUGAAUACCCGCCACGUGGCAGGUGGUUCUCCUGGAGGUUCACUCAGCUGCUUCCUUCCUCUCCCCGCAGGCGUGGUCUGAGAUUUGGGGCGCGGAGCAUCGCCCCGAGCAGCGCUUCGGCCCCAGAGCCUGGCUCAACCGCGGGCCCUGCCCACCCGCUCCCGGCCACGGAGACGAGCGCCCCUGGCGGCGGCUGCGCGCUCUGCGGCUCCGCGGGCUGUGCCGGACACUAGAGCUGCGACAGCCCCCCUGGAUGUUGAAGUCUCCAGCAACUCCGGAGACCAGGAACUCCGGGUUCUACCCUGAAGACUCUGCCCUGCCACCCAUCACAGAGCUGACCCGCCCCCUCUCUCUGUUGCCCUCUCCCCGCCAGCACGGAGAAUCAGAUCUUGGAGCAUAGCAUAGCUUGCAGAGUCGUGACAGAUCUGUUCCCUUGUGCAGAGAUACCCAGGUGCUGCUGCUGUCGGGUGGGCGUGGCCUGUGGCUUACCUGGGCCCAGCACCCGGCUCCUCUGAACUGACUCCUCCCCCCUUUUCCCAAGGAUUCCUCCUUUGCAAUAAAAAGUGGUGCAGGGGA